GGGAGGGAGGGUUAGGGACGGAGAGAAACAGAGGAAGAGAGAGAGGGAGGGGAAGGAAAAGAGUGAGAGAGGCAGAGAGAAGAAAGACAGAAAACUUGUGACUUGACAGAAGAGGGCAGGUACCAGAGGCAGGACAAUGAAGGCUGGUGCGGGACUCUUCUCUGCAUUGGCUCUGUUCCUCCUAAUCGGGGCAGUGGCCACCCAGAGAGGUCGGCAGCCAAAGAAGCCCAAACCCAGCAGGCGGCCACCGACCACCAGAAGGCCGCCACCGAUCACCAGGAGGCCUUCUGUCCCCCAGCCUGCCAUACCGGCACAGCCAGAGCCCCAGGAGCCCACAGACUUCCCCCCGCCCAUCCUGGGCCCACCGUCCAUCUACCCCGACUGUCCCAGAGAGUGUACAUGCUCCCCUAGCUAUCCCAAUGCUCUCAACUGUGAGAACCGGAACAUCCGUGUGAUCCCAGUCAUCCCAUCCAGAACUUACUAUUUGUACCUGCAGAACAACUACAUCUCAGAGGUAACAGCGGAACCGUUCAACAACGCCACCGAGGUCCGCUGGAUCAAUCUGGCAAACAACCGCAUCCACCGAAUAGACAAACAGGUAUUUGAGAAGAUCCCGGCGCUGCUGUAUCUCUACGCACAGAAAAAUCAGCUAAAUGAAGUCCCUUCAGGCCUCCCAGCAAGUCUAGAGCAGCUUCGCCUUGGAAGGAACCGUAUUUCUAAGAUCCCUGCAGGAGCCUUUAACAAGCUUGAAAAUCUGACUCUGCUUGACCUGUACAACAACCAGUUGAGUGACAGUGACAUAGGAAAGAACACAUUUAAGGACCUGAAGAGCCUCAUGCAGCUCAAUCUGGCUCGUAAUACUCUGAAGAAGAUGCCUGCAGGCGUUCCAAGCAACCUCAUACAGCUUUUCCUGGAUAAGAACCAUAUAGAUGACAUUCCAAAAGACUACUUCGGAGGUUUCACUCACCUGGCGUUUGUGAGGCUGAACUACAACCAGCUGAGUGACAAAGGAGUUCCCAAAGCUGUGUUCAACGUGUCGACCCUGCUGGACCUGCAGUUGGCCCACAACCAGCUCGCCUCGGUUCCCCUCUUCAACGGUCACCUGGAGCACCUGCACCUCAACCACAACAGCAUUGAGAGCAUUAAUGGCACCCAGCUCUGCCCUUACAGCCUGCAUGCCGACCUGAGUGAUCACAGCGUGGUGCCCAGGCUAAGGUACCUGCGUUUGGACGGAAAUCACCUGAGUCCACCCAUUCCUCUGGAUGUCAUCAUGUGCUUCAGACACCUUCACUCUAUUGUUAUUUAGGAGAAAAGUGCCUAAAGGCCUGCAGGCUUCCGCACACGCACAAACCACACACACACGUACACGCAAACACACAAACGCAGAGUCACUGUGUACAAAGUGAAUUCAAGACAACACAUCAUGGUCAGUGACGUUUAUCCAGCCGUGCGAAUAUCUGUAAAGCUUUGAUAGUUCAAGCUUUUUGACUUUGAUGAGUGUCAUCGUUGCCAGAGAAUCCAAACAUUAGACUACGAAUCUGCAAAAAGUGGAUGUUGCAACAUUUAGGGUUAGGUUUUUGUAGGAGUUUCAGUUUAUCUGUCGUAUUUUGUCUACAAAGAUACAAUGCAUUGAAUAUGAAAAAAACAUUAGAAAAAGCAAAGCCUGAAAAUACAGGUACAUUGACAGACAUGCUACAGAUAUAAAAGGUAGUUAUGCUUGCUGGCAGAUGUGAUCAGAGUAAAGCAGCUGCCAGCGUCAACAAACAGACCUGCAGUGGAUGUCAAAAGCACCAAUUUAAAACAUAACUACCAUGUAGUUGAAACUGUCCCAAAUGUGCCUGUGAUUUUCAGGGUACUCCAUGUAAAAAUGUCGUUUUAUUCUUUUUACUCUUAGUCUUCUGUAUAUUAUUAUUCUGUAUAAAGAAGCUUUGUACAAAUAAUGGUAAAUAAAAAGUUUUCUUGGA